GCUCGGCUGUCUCCUCCUACGACAUGCACGAAAGUUGGCCACUUAAACUACUUCCAACCAGCCAGCAGACAUUAUACUGAACCCAAACUACACCAAGGGAAAAGAAUAACUGUGCAUUUUUUCCAACUCAGACACAACUUUACGCGCUCUGUUUCGCAGACUUCCCUGUUUAAAGGGAUUUUUUUUUGUUUUAUUUGCAGCAGCUGUUGUUUUUUAUAUACAUUUUUUGGCACGUUCAUCGCACCGAGAGGAGAGCAUCACUUUAUUUUUCCCCCGGUGGAAGAAGGGCUCGUCCAGUUUCUCCGCCUGGGAUUUGGGAUUUGACAGAGCAUCAUCAUCUUUUAUUUUUUUGAGCAUUUUGAAGACAUUCCGUUUUUCACUUGGACUGGAGUCCGUGGUGUUGUUUGUCUGAGUGGCUAAAUGAUGGCUACUUUACCAGGAACGGUGCCUCGGAUGAUGCGCCCUGCGCCAGGCCAGAACUACCCCCGUACCGGCUUCCCCCUGGAAGUAUCCACCCCUCUGGGCCAGGGUAGGGUGAACCAGCUUGGCGGUGUGUUCAUCAACGGGAGGCCCCUGCCAAAUCACAUCCGACACAAGAUAGUGGAGAUGGCCCACCACGGCAUCCGACCCUGCGUAAUCUCGCGACAACUGCGAGUCUCUCACGGUUGUGUCUCCAAGAUCCUCUGCCGAUACCAGGAGACCGGCUCGAUCCGUCCGGGAGCCAUAGGAGGCAGCAAGCCCAGGCAGGUGGCAACUCCUGACGUGGAGAAGCGGAUCGAGGAGUACAAGAGAGAGAACCCCGGCAUGUUCAGCUGGGAGAUCCGGGAUAAGCUGCUGAAGGACGGGGUGUGCGACAGAAGCACAGUUCCUUCAGGUGAGGCUUCAUCUGUGAGCUCCAUCAGCCGCGUUUUGAGGGCCCGAUUUGGCAAAAAAGAUGACGAGGAUGACUGUGAUAAGAAGGAUGAAGAUGGAGAAAAGAAAACAAAGCAUAGCAUCGAUGGCAUCCUCGGUGAUAAAUGUAACCGCACAGACGAGGGUUCGGAUGUAGACUCGGAGCCCGACUUGCCCCUGAAGAGGAAGCAGAGACGCAGUCGCACCACCUUCACUGCAGAGCAGCUGGAGGAGCUGGAGAAGGCUUUUGAAAGGACACAUUACCCAGACAUCUACACCAGAGAGGAGCUGGCUCAGAGGACAAAACUCACAGAGGCCAGAGUACAGGUGUGGUUUAGCAACAGGCGAGCUCGGUGGCGUAAACAGGCUGGCGCCAAUCAGCUAGCCGCCUUCAACCACCUGCUUCCUGGAGGCUUCCCGCCCACAGGGAUGCCAACUUUACCCACGUACCAGCUACCAGAGUCCAGCUACCCCAGCACCACGCUAUCGCAGGACGGCAGCAGCACAUUGCACAGACCCCAGCCCCUGCCUCCAUCCUCCAUGCACCAGGGAGGCCUGACUGCUGACAGCAGCUCUGCUUAUGGCCUCUCGUCCAAUCGCCACGGCUUCUCCAGCUACUCCGAUACUUUCAUGAGCCCCUCAGCAUCCAGCAACCACAUGAACGCCGUCGGCAACGGGCUCUCCCCACAGGUGAUGAGUAUCCUGAGUAACCCCAGCGCCGUACCCUCCCAGCCCCAGCACGACUUUUCCAUUUCCCCCCUGCACAGCAGCCUGGAGAGCUCCAACCCCAUCUCAGCCAGCUGCAGCCAGCGCUCUGACACCAUCAAGAGUGUGGACAGCCUAGCUUCCUCCCAGUCAUACUGCCCCCCCACCUACAGCGCCACCAGCUACAGCGUGGACCCCGUCACUGCAGGCUACCAGUACAGCCAGUACGGCCAGACUGCCGUAGACUACCUGGCCAAGAACGUGAGCUUGUCCACCCAGAGGAGGAUGAAACUGGGAGACCACUCGGCCGUGCUCGGACUGCUGCAGGUGGAGACGGGACAGGCCUACUAAAGCCCCCUCCUCCGCCCGGGUUGCACCCUGCACCACUCUCCUCCGCCCUCUGCCGCCCUCCUCCAUGCUCCAUCAAGUCUGGACUCCAACUCCAGCUCGCCUCUCUGCUGCUCGCUCUGCAGCCCCGGCCAUGACAUCAGCGCACAGACAUGCAGCCUCGCUGUGUACCAGAGAAAGUGACGCUUGCGGGCGUGACAAGGCACUUCGGGGAAUGGAACUAAACUUUUCACGCCAUUGUCAACCACCAGGCGGCUCUGCACCCUCUCUUCUCAAUCUCUGGGCGUCUCUGCCUGCUCCUUGUAGUCCCCCCCCCCGCCCCCCAGUCCCAAACCCUGUUUUGUUUUGCUCCGAAGACCAGACAGAACCCCAGAACCCCCGAGGAUGGUCGGCCGCCUUGGCCCGGGUUCCUGUUUGUCAUGGCUGCAGUCCAGCACACAUUUAGAGCCAUCAACAACAUGUACUUUGACCUUGCUAUUCAUAGUAGUUAACAAAGCCAAUAUCAUUUGAACGACUCUUAUUCCUUUUUGAUAUUGUUAAGAUUAUUGUUGCUGUUAUAUGAUUAUGGUUAAUGUGAUUUAUGUUGUUCUUUGAUUCCAUUCGUAUCUCUUUUCUCUGUUAGAUGUUGGUGUGUAAAACACAGUGUGGAUGACUGAGACGAUUCGGGAGUGAGUGU